AUGUCUUGCACUGCUCUUUUCUGGUCACUUCUGCUGCUCUUUUGCUUCGCAAACGGAACUCAUCUCGUCGGAGCAAACCCUGCAGUUGCAAAGCAGCUAGACACUGGCAUGCCAUCAUCGUGGACUCGGGAAGGAUGCUCGAUGUGCAGUUGUGACUUUGUCAGCAAGACGGUCAACUGCAGUGGCAUUGACCUCCACGACGGUCUCCCAUCUGCAUCCGUCUUCCCAACCGACAUGACAGUAUUUUUGUUUCAAAACUGCAGCGUGUCAGUGAUUGAUCCUAAUUACUUCCUCAAUUUUUCUUCUCUGGAGAGAAUACACGGAAAUGACAACAAACUAAAAGAGUCCUUCUUCCUUCCACCUAAAAUAGUAACAUUACAGCUCAGGGACAAUUAUGUUACUAACGCUUCAGCAUUUUUUCAACGACAUCUCUACAACUACUCAUACCUGAAUACAUUUGACCUGAGAGGGAACUCAAUUCAACGGAUAGAAACGAGAGGUAUCUCGGACAUUCCUAACCUAACAUUGCUAUACCUUGACAACAUGAGAAAAGGUCUUGUGCUCGAUAAUGAAGCGAUCUCUAAUCUCCCAGGAUUAGCAGAGCUCUAUCUUAGCAACAACAACAUGACCCUUGCCUCUCUUCAAGGAUGUCACAACCUUGCAAAGAAGAGCAGAUCACUGUAGCAUGUGUACAAACCCAU